CUUCUUCUGGGGAAAAAAAAGAAAAGGAAUUCCCAAACUCCGAGCCGAGCUGAUGCACGGGGCACGGCUAUGGACUUCAUUCUCAAUCUCCCCUCCUCGCUCGCCGCCGCCGGUUUCCCCUUCCACUGGCGACGCUCCGUCUCGCGCUGGCGCGGCAGUUGUGGGUUCGCCGGCAAUGCACGGCCCGGGUCCUCAGCCAGGCGUAGCUCAAUCGCCGGUUCAUGUCCGCCGCUUUCCAGAACGCAGGGCAGCAAGAGAACAGCUUCAGUGGAACCAAAAGUUUCUCAAAGCAUGUUCAGAGGCAGCCAGACUGCUUCUAGGAGAUUCAUAUGGAGCAAACACAGGACCAAGUUCCUCACCAAUUACUUGAUGCAGCAGGCUUCAGAUGGCAAGGGAAAAGACGCACUGUUCAAGGAGGAUACCCUGCGAGAAGUUGCAGGGGCUGUUUCUCAGCAGUUUCAACGUCAGUGCUGCGCUGCUGAUGUUCAGAGGAGGUUGACAGCUCUGAGGGAGAAAUGGAGAAGGGUAGAGAGGAUUAAAUCCCAUGGAUCUGCAUCAUGGGAUUAUGCUACUAGGACUAUAUGCAUACGAGAAGAAGAUUACCAACAGUAUGCCUUGGAUCACUCGAAGUAUUCAGGGUUGCUGAAUAGGCCUAUUCAGGAUUAUGAUGAGCUUUCUUUCAUCUUCGGUGAUGAAUAUGAUCCAUCAGCAGCUGAAAUUCGGUUGGAAAGGGAUCAAAACACUCACUCUGAUGAUAGUAAGAUACCUGAAGAUUCCAUGGAGCAGAAGAUAGCUAAUGAGGAUAUCCGCUACUUAGUUCUGAAGAUUGGAGAGCUAAUAGAUGCUGUGAAAAGCUUGAAGCCCAGAGACUUUGCCGAUGACUUGUGGAAGGCGGUUACAGCUUGCAGCUACAACGAAAGGAUGUCAAUCGCUGCAUUCGAAUAUUUUCUGAAAAAUGAGAUCGAAGGCAAGAUUUUCCUUGUGCGUAGCCCAGACCUUCGCAAGGAAUGGUUGGCCAAGUUCUUUUCUAGCCUUCUGUAACCAUUCUUGAUUUGUUCUAUCCAGCAUUUAGGUUGGCAUUUUUAGUUUACCUUUCUUUCUAUUGGGAACCACACUUUUAAAUAUGAACUUCAUUGUGCAAUCCCUUAAAUUUGUACUAACUGUAGCCCUUGCACACAAUGACACAAGAACAAUGGUUGUUUUAUUCCUGAACUUCUGUUUUACCUUCAA